AUGUGCUUCUCAAGCAAUACCAUCGACGACCCGACGCAGUCGCCGAUGCGCGUCGCGGGGCUCUUCAGUCGGAGAGUCCCGGAUCCCACGCAGCAGCCGAUCCACAUAACGGAGUCUAACGACGCGCAUGUGAGCGAUUCCCAGGCUUCAGAUACCAAGAAGCGGAAGGGAAGCCAUAAGAACGGUGCGGCAUUUGUCGACGUGACAGAUAAAGAACCCGAGGCUGUGACAAAGAAGCAGUCGGAUGCCGCCGCUGAAGCAGCACCCCCAAGCCCAAAGAUAGAUGCCCGGAAGAACUGGCGCGGUCGAAGCUCCAACCCAGCAACGUUUGGCUUCGGGCUUGGUGCAGAUUUCGGGGCCACGCCAGCAUGA